AUGUUUAUUCCAAUAAAUACCAAGGAACAAAAUAUAUUCUGCUUUGCGAAGUUUAUUUGUUUACUUUCCUUAAGCCACAUUAUUUUGUUUACAGAUCCGGAUCUUGGUUACAGAUAGUUUCGCUGUUUCGGUAAGUAAUACACUAUAUUAGGUGAUAUAAUAUUUUUUUUUGUUACUGACUGGACAACUCACAAUUAUUAACUGCAAUAGUGCGUGAUAGAUAAUAAGUAGUUUUUCUUUCUGUAGGUAAAUAGUGAUCGCAAAAAAACCUAGGUAAACUACAGUAAUUUAAAAUCGUAUUUCACUCACUUGAUUUAGUCAUUGCGAAGUAACGAUUAUUAGGUAUUGCUCGUCAUUUAGCUGCUCUUUUUGAAUGUCUUGAAAAUUGCAUUAUAUUGGAAAACAGCUUUUGCUGCUAGCAGAGUAGAGAAGAGAAACGCAACGAGAAACGUUCUCUCUGGACGUUUCCAAAUAUUAGUGAAAUGAGUAUGAAACUUCGAGAUCACUGAUUUACAUAUAGAUUGGUAUUUAAAAAUGUCGGCUGGACACUAUCUUGCAAUAUUUCUUUUGAAUAGGGUGGGGGUUAUGUCAUACCUCAUUUUGAAGCCUCCCAUGAGCAUAUAGAAUAUAAGACCACCAUCUUUUAAAAUAGUGGACUGGCAGGCUGUCAAGGUUGAGCGUUUUUGAAUAUUAAAUCGCUGGUGACUCAACAACUGUUUUUUACUUAUACUUGAAUUACCAUGAAGGCCUGAAAACGUAUAGGUACCGCAGGGCUAUAGAGCACGUGUGCAUGUAACCUUUCUGGCCUUUCUUAGGAAACUGGAGAACUAAUCAUCAUAUCAAUAUUUUUCUCCAGGAAAGGCCUUUCAGACUGUGCAAUGAAAUAUGGGUCAUUCAGUUUUAAAAAGAAUGUUUUAUAUUACAUAUUCCGCUAAACCUUUUUCAGAGGAGAAUAUUUAUAUAAUGCACUAUAGCGUUUUGCUGAUGAAGUACUUAUACCGAUCUUCAGAAUACAGUAUCACUUGAUCAUGUUCCAAAACUGCGUCCAGACAUUAUCAUGUCAUUUUCAACUGCCUCUGUUAUACGAGCCCCUUCCCACUUCAGUUGGCCCACUUCAAGAUUUGUACCAAAAUAUGCCUUUAUAACUAAACAUGACGAAACUAUUUACUUCUAAAACAAUUAAUUUUUCACAAACAUUUUAGAUACACUCUAGUCAUAAAAAAUAUAUAUUUGAAAUCACUUAGACCUAUAACUAAUAUAACAUCUGAACAAAUAAACAAUGUGCGAAUAAAGCAACAGUUGAAAGAUUACCAUUGGGUAACAUCACCUUUAUUUUUUAUUACGGCUGAAAAUCUUUGGGGCAUAUGUUAACCAAGUUUUGGCAAAAAUUUGGUGUAAAACAAUCCCAUAUUUCUUGAAGCUUUUGUCUCAGUUCGGUGAUUGUACGAGCAGGAUGUUGUCGUACAACCUUUUUCAUCUCGUGCCACAAAGUUUCAAUUGGUGACAGAUCUGGACUACUAGAAACCCAUUUCAAAAGUGGUACAUUAUUUUCUUCCAUCCAUUUUAUAGCCUUUUUUGAGGUAUGGCACGCUGCACCAUCUUGCUGAAACACAAAAUCUUGGC